CUAACUGUGAAGCAUAUAUGCUAAACUUGUUUACGUAUCCAUUCCUGACCAAACCUUUUUUGUAAGUUGUGUUUGUUUUUGUUCUCGGGACUCGUUCACAGUAGCUUCACAUCCCCGAGCAGCAGCUGUGUCCCGGGGUUGUCUGGGUAAACCUGUUUCCAUGGUGACGAAGUCACAACUUUCAAACGGGAGUAAGCGAAAUAAGUUCUUCUCAGCUUCCACGAUGGAUGCAGGAAAUUCCUUUCCCAUUUUAAAUGACGAUCUUGAACCAGGAAAAGCUGGUGUAUGUCCAGGUUCAGAUGGUCAUAUCUCUCAGAUCCCAGGACUGUCCCCGACAAUCCGGAGUCUCCCUGAAGAAAAGGCCAGAGGGAGAAGGGUCGGUGUCCAGGAGAGUGAUUCUGAUUAUGUGAAGCUUGCAAAACAAGGAGGACACAAAGGACUUUUGUGGCAUGAUGGAACAAUAACUUCUAAACUAACUUCCUACAAAACACCAGACUGGUUCAGCAAUGAAUCAGGAGAUUCCAACAAACAAAGCAAGGAUAAGAAAAUCCCUGGAGCCCAACAACCACUGAAGCCUCCCUUUUGGACUGAAAAUGUGACCGCCAGGGAGAGAGGGGAUGGCUGCAGCAAUAAAGACAAGGAGGGUGAGGACGUGGAUGAUCUUUGUGACCAGCAGGUGGAGCAGUUUCAGUCACCCAUUCACUUUGAGGCCAGCAAAUACAAAAGAACAGUUUUUGACAAGAAACCAGCACCGGUGGACAUGUCCAAGCUGCUCCGCUUCGGUUAUGCAGAAGAAAACAAACCAGUACAGUGAGGUGUCAAGCUGGAGGACUGCCAGAGGCGCUUCUAAAGCUAGAAGAGUAGACGCCAUCUUUUCUUCUUACAAUCUGUGUCACGCUGAGCCACAACAAGCAUUUAAAUUGGUUUUCAAAUGUUGAAUUAAAAAAAUUAGUUUUUUAUUUAUUUUUCUUGUUAUUGGAACCUGAUUAUAUACAUCUCUUAAGUUUUGUGCUGUUUCUGUUAAAAAAUAUUUGACACGUGAUUAAAAUAAAGUUGAAAAUAUUCAAAA